CCGGACUCGACCGGAUUUCUCGAGCACUUGCCCUCUCCAUCACACCAUGCUCGACGGCGACCAUGACCCCGCGCUGGCGGCGCUCAUCGCGUCCCUCGCCUCCUCGCCCGACCCAAACGCCUCCGCGAUCGGAUCCGAGCUCGAGGCCCUCGAAGCAAUCUACCCCGGCUCCAUCUCUCUCCCCCCCUCCUCCUCCUCCUCCUCUUUUGCGCUGAGAUACGAAAUCUCCCUUCCGGCAUGGGAAGACGCGACCGCGCCCCGCCUCCGCCUCCUCGUCACCCUCCCGCCGCACUACCCCGACGCGCCCCCCGCCCUGCAAAUCAUGGGGCGGUACGUCGGCGCGUACGCCAACGACGCCGGGCUCUUCGGCGAAAUUACGCGCACAUACAUCUCCGCGUCGGGCGUGGGGUUCACGCCGGGCGUGCCCGCCGUGUUCGACGGGCUCGUGUAUGUCCAAAGCCUCGUGGAGCCGUGGUAUGCGCAGCGCGCGGCCGCGAGUGCGGAGGCGGAGGCGGCGCACGGACGGGCGGGCACGCCGGCGCACGAGACGCACGAGACGCGCGGGGAGACGCGCGAGGUGCAGGUGCUGCAGGUGCAGGCUCGAGCGCCCAGAGCCCCCCUCCCGAAGAUCACCUCCUCCGAGGCUAUUACGGACCGCAAGUCGCAGUUCGUGGGGCAUGCGUGCGCGGUCGCGGACGAAGAGGAGGUCAUGGCUGUCGUCGCGCAUUUGUUGGAAGAUAAGCGGAUUGCGCGUGCCGCGCAUCCCACGAUAUGGGCGUAUCGCACCGUGCGGGAUGCGGGAGGGGCGGCGGGGCGUAUUGUCGAGAGCGACUAUGACGACGACGGGGAGACACAGGCCGGGUCGCGCCUCAAGCACCUCCUCGAAGUGCUUGACCUUACGGGCGUGCUCGUUGUUGUGACCCGCUGGUUUGGGGGCAUCCACCUCGGGCCCGACCGCUUCAAGCACAUCAACCAGGCGGCGCGCGACGCCCUCGAAGCCGGCGGCUUCCUCGACGACGUCGCGACCAAGAAGGGCCGGCGCAAGUAAUACAUCACAUGCAUUAAUACAUACAUGGGAGCUAGCGGCGCUUCGCCCAGCCGCGCUUCCCUCGCGCCCCGCGCCCGCG